UUCCACUCUUCCUUCCUUUUUCCAGGAGACUGCAGGCUAGGUCACAACUCAGAGAGGUUAUUGACAACAAGGAGUGACUAAUUGCCAAAAGCUAUGUAGAAUUGUUGGUUGGCUUUGAAUUAUGUAAAAUUAUCAGCUGGCUUUGAAUUAGUAGCCCUCAUGGCCAACUAUUUGUUCUUAGCUCCUGGCUUUACAUUGCCCUUUAGCCCUCUCUCUCCUGAAGCUUUCGAAGAGAUCAAAUGCAUUGCUGUCAAAACUUGGAAACAACAGGCUCAGGAGAGCCGGAAUUGUUCCACAACCUACGCUGGGGCUUUUGGAAGAAAAGGCCUGGAGGACCCUACCUAUUGCUAUGUUGCCCCCUCUUCUCCUACCAGAAUACACAAACCACAUCCAACUGAUGUGUUUUUGGUAAACCAGCUUCACCAGCUACCUGGACCUUAUGGCGUUCCAAGACGAACUGCGGCAACUGACAGUGGUUUUUGUCCAAGCGAUGCCAAGAAAUGUCAGGGACAGUCACACAAAAUUAAACAUAAGGCAAUCAUAGUUCCAUCACCACUAACACCACUGGAUAUAAUUCAGCAGGGGAUAAAACACACCUGUUUAAAUGGGAUUCAAAGUCAAGAGGAAACUGGAGCUGUCUCAUCAGCCAGCCAGGAUAUUCUGACUGGCUGGUCUGGAACACCACGUUCUCACUCUAUUCGAAUGUAGGCAGAAAAGAGUGAAGCGCUACCUUCUCACCUUUAAUUGGCUGUGAACUUAUGGUAAUACAGAAAAUGAGAGAACCUUUCGGUCUGAUAAUUUAUCAUCGUCUGGAAAAGCAGAAUUCAAAUGUGUGUGUGUGUGGGGGGAACCCACACACAUUAAAAAGUUUU